AUCCUGAUCUUUCUCUUCACGUGGCCAGAUCAAUAAUCAUGCUCUCGAGAGCGGUACCGAGUCAGGCGUACGGCGUGAUUGUUCGAUUCCUCAGUGGAAAAGGUACGCAGGCCGCGGGAAUGGUAGGUAGACAACGGGAAAGGUAGGUAGACAACGGAAAAGGUAGGCGCAGACACCGUAGGACAUACCUAUAUAUUCCAUCGCAAAGAUCAUGUCUUUCCCUUCUCUUCAUCCAUAGAUACGCAACUCAACGGUUCAAAAAACACGAUCCUCCUCACUAUAACGCCAUCAAAACGCAAGCUCUGAUAUAGAGACCUACACUCCAUAUAUACCUCGCAUCUCAAGCCACAAACUCGAAGAAGAAACCCUCUGCUCGAUUGCUCAAUCCUAUCAUAAGAUCUCUCUUCUCUCCCAACUCAAGCACACAAAACAAAUCAGAAAGAAUGUCGGGUACCCGCGCCUUCUCCGUCCUGUCCAAAGUCCGCGCUCUUGCCCGAGCCGCCGAAGCACAUCCCUUCCAACGCUAUCCUGUGACCCAAAAGCCAGCUCCAGCUGAUUGGAAUACGCAUAUUCAACGCGUGGCUGGUACCGCUCUAGCGGAUUUGGGUUGUGUGGCAAUCUUCGCCGGAUGGCCUUUAGUAGUCGCAGCGAUCAUGAACGGUCAUGUUCAUUGAGGUCAUGGAAAGGAGCACCACGGUAGUGGGAUAUAAUGACGAAACUUCGAUUCAAUAAUAGUGGAAGAAACAAUUGUUUGGAACGCGAAUCUCUCGGUGUCCAUACUUGGGAGAGGAACCAUGGUUCGGCAUUGCACUGCAUUGCAUAGCAUGUUUUGAAAGGAGUUUUAGGAGUGUUUAGAUAGGAAAAGAAAGCAUUGUCGGUGACCCAGAUUAGUCUCUUACAGUGCUUGGUGAUCAACAAUGAGC